GUCCCCCCCCCCCGUGUGCCCCCCCCCCCGUCGGCGGGAGAAGGAGUCGGCGCGCCGCCGCAGCACCUCCGCGCAGGAAAGUACCUUGAUGAGUGUCCAAAGUGGUGGAAGUUUGGAGGGGACGCCAUCUUUGGUCCCAGCUCUCCGCGUCCCCGACGCGGACCGUCUCCCCAGCGGCGCGGCGCGGCGGCGGUGAAGGCUCCGGAAGGCAUCAUGGAGGAGCUGCACAGCCUGGACCCCCGGAGACAGGAGCUGCUGGAGGCUCGCUUCAUGGGCGGAGUCGGCGGCAGUACUGGGGGCAGCACCGGCAGUGCCAGCGGGGGAACUAAAGGCUUGAUAAACAAUGAAUGUUCAAAUCACAGUUUUGGAAGCCUGGGGUCCUCAAGCGAUAAGGAGUCAGAGGGGUCCGAUAUUAAGAGGGGGAACUCUCCUGCUUAUUCGACCCCAGAGAAGAAACAGUCAGAAUCAUCCAGAGGCCGAAAGAGGAAGCCUGAGAACCAGUCAGAGAGCAGCCAAGGAAAAACAAUCAUGAGAGGACCCAAAAUUAGUGAUUAUUUUGAUUUCCAGGGAGGAAAUGGGUCCAGUCCUGUGAGAGGUCUCCCCCCAGUGAUGCGUUCACCACAGAACUCACAUUCCCACUCCGCUCAGGGCUCCGCUAUUAGACAAAAUAGUUCAUCUCCUACAAGUCUGUCUUUUGGGGACCAUGUGAUGCACCUAAAGCAAUUAGCCAUUAAAUGUGUUCAGACUGACCUUACAGCGCUGAAAUUGGCUGCCCUUGAAAGUAAUAAGAGUCUAGACCUUGAGAAGAAGGAGGGGAGAAUAGACGAUUUACUAAGGGCAAACUGUGACCUCAGGAGACAGAUCGAUGAACAACAGAAAUUACUUGAAAAGUACAAGGAACGCUUGAAUAAAUGUAUCACCAUGAGCAAGAAGCUGCUCAUAGAGAAGAGCAACCAGGAGAAGCAAGCAUGUCGGGAGAAGAGCAUGCAGGAUAGACUACGCCUAGGCCAUUUCACUACAGUGAGACACGGCGCCUCCUACACAGAGCAGUGGACAGAUGGCUAUGCCUUUCAAAACCUUGUCAAACAGCAAGAGUGGAUAAACCAACAGAGAGAGGAAAUUGAGCGGCAGAGAAAACUGUUAGCCAAGAGGAAACCUCCAUCCUCCAGCAACUCCCAAGCACUAAGCACAAACUCUGAGCCAAAGCAACGCAAAACGAAGGCUGUGAACGGGGCUGAAAGUGAUCCCUUCCUGAAGCCCAGCCUACCUCAGCUGUUGACCCUUGCUGAGUACCAUGAACAGGAAGAGAUCUUUAAACUGCGACUCGGACAUCUCAAGAAGGAAGAAGCUGAGAUCCAGGGAGAGCUGGAGCAUCUGGAAAGAGUGCGCAACCUUCACAUUCGGGAACUGAAGAGAAUAAAUAACGAAGACAGCUCACAAUUCAAAGAUCACCCGACAUUGAAUGAGCGGUAUCUGCUACUACACCUUCUGGGAAGAGGAGGGUUUAGUGAAGUUUACAAGGCUUUUGACUUGAUUGAGCAACGUUAUGCUGCUGUGAAGAUCCACCAGCUCAACAAGAACUGGAGAGAGGAGAAAAAGGAGAACUAUCACAAGCAUGCGUGUCGAGAGUACAGAAUACACAAGCAGUUGGACCACCCAAGAAUCGUGAAGCUCUACGACUAUUUCUCAUUGGACACGGACACGUUUUGUACAGUUCUGGAGUACUGCCAAGGCAACGAUUUGGACUUCUACCUGAAGCAGCACAAAUUAAUGUCCGAGAAGGAGGCUCGUUCCAUCGUCAUGCAGAUUGUGAACGCACUGAGAUACCUGAAUGAAAUCAAGCCCCCCAUCAUCCAUUACGACCUCAAGCCAGGUAACAUCCUGUUGGUGGACGGCACGGCCUGCGGGGAGAUUAAAAUUACAGAUUUUGGGUUGUCCAAAAUCAUGGAUGAUGACAAUUAUGGUGUAGAUGGGAUGGACCUAACAUCACAGGGUGCAGGGACCUACUGGUAUUUGCCCCCUGAGUGUUUCGUGGUUGGUAAAGAACCUCCAAAGAUCUCUAACAAGGUGGACGUGUGGUCCGUGGGCGUCAUCUUUUUCCAGUGUUUGUAUGGAAGAAAGCCUUUCGGCCACAACCAGUCACAACAGGACAUCUUGCAGGAGAACACCAUACUUAAAGCUACAGACGUUCAAUUCCCUGUCAAGCCAGUUACCAGUAAUGAAGCAAAGGCCUUUAUAAGGCGGUGUCUCGCAUACAGAAAGGAGGACCGGUUCGACGUUCACCAGCUGGGAAGUGACGCAUACCUGCUCCCCCACAUGAGGAGGUCCAGCUCCUCUGGGAACCUGCAGAUGAGCGCUGGUGGCUCAGGACUGCCUUCCUCAAGCAUCAUCUCAUACUGACUGCCUUGCACUGUGCUGCAAAGACCGUCUGACCAGUGAGCCGCCGCCAUCCCUACAGAGCUCCCCAGUGAACCAGGCAUGGGGCGACACGCAGCUCUGUGUGGAAGGUGCAAGAUACUGAGGACAAGGUGGCCGAGAAUUCUUGACUUUGCCCCUCUUGACCAUGUAGUGUUUACCAAGACUUGAUCAACAGGACUUAAUGAAAGGAUUUUUUUUUUUUUUUUUUAAGAACAUGGGUAAAUGGAUCUUGUGAAGGUCCGAAAGAGCACUGACACUGACAAAGUACCUUGAAGAAAUUGUGACUGGACACUUGAGUUUGGUUUGCUGAUGGAUAAAGCCUUAAAGGGCCGAAGGGAGACCUGGCAGCCCGCUGUUUAUAAUUAACAUGGUCCUGCCAGGGUGCAAAUGAUUCAGCUGCUAGGAGUUAAUUUACUGUAAGGAGCAGACAGUCAGUUUAUGUAGGUCUACAUUGAUUUCACUAUCGAUUUGGCCAUUUUUUUUUUUUUCGUGUUAGGCUUUGAGUUAGCCAUAAGAAUGUAUUGUUUAGCAUACAAGUGGCAUCUAGUGACAUAUAGGCCCAGGCAGCAUACUAAUGUUUAAUGCACAGAAUAACCAAAUGUAGAAAAUUACAGUGUACAAAAUCCUAUGCAGGAAUAUUACAAGCAGAUGAGAGAAAAUGUAUAUGAUGUAUAGGAGAUUUUCCAAUUUUUAAUUGCAACAGUACCAUUGUGUACAAAGUUAAAAAUAUGUCCCCUUGUAAAAUUAGUUUCUUGGAGUGUUUUCAUUUUGCUGCUUUUGAUGUUGCUCUUACUUUUUCAAGGGCUGUAUGAUCCACUUUGGGUAUAAAUUGUACAGUUCUAAGAGUAAGAAAUAAUAAACGCCAGGAAAUCAAAUAUUUUUCACCCCCCUGCAUGAUCUACUGCAACGAAACUGAUCGCUCGCCCUGAUCCUAUUCAUGUCAUGUCUGGGCUUAUAGUGACAUCUGGUGGUGUAGGUUGGAAUUGCAGUGAGAAAGUUGAAUGGUGAGGAUGCAAGUAGAGGUGACGAAGGCGUAUGUUUAAAUACUUGGGGUCAACUGUCCA